AUGGCGAUUCCAAUUCCAACCCGCGACCCACUGCUGCAGCACAUGUUCGCCUACCUCAAUCCCCGGCGCGACGCUCUUCCCUCCCACGUCGUCGAGACCAUUGCUGGAAACCUCACAUUCCUGGUCAAAUAUACUGGCGGCCCCAAUGUCCGCGCUUCCCAAAUCUCGAUUACUGUCAUCGACGUCCGCGGACCCAAUAAUAGUGAAGUUGGCCACAAGGCCACAGUCUGCAUCCACGAAGGUCCGGGAAAGUUUGUAGUCGUGGUGUGGAAGCAGGUAGAGUGGGGUCAAAACGUCGUGAUCGGACUGGGAGAGAAAGUGGACAAGGCCAUCAAAGAUAUCCUGGCGAAGGAAGGAAACGAUGGAUACGGUGAUUUCAAGGUCUAA